AUGGCAGCUGUAGACCUCUACCACGCCAGCUUCUCGAAGCAGCUCUUCAACUUACCGACAGCUUCUGGCCUGCAGCCCCUCUAUCAAAAAUGGCCCGAGUCAUGGCCGAGACAUGAGAUGAGCAUAUUGCUCGGCCUCGACAUCAUCUCAUGCACGAUACUAUUACUUUACCUCUGCCGAAAACCGUUGCUGAGCUUAACUCCCCGCUGGUUAAAACCGUUUGCUCAAGAAUCUGCACCGUUUCACGCAAAGGAAAGAAAAUGGAAUUUUUGGACGCUCUGUCUUAUUUUUCUUUCUCUUGUUGGGCUGGGUUUUGCUAUUAGCUGUGCUAUUGUCCACUCUCACCAAAAGGUUUCGUUUAUGGGACUUGUGCCAUGGACGGUAACGACGCUUCUCACCAUUAUCGAUCUUCCGACUCGAGCGCCGAAGCUACUGCUGGUGCAGUACUCACUCAUGAUGGCGGCUGCACUUGUACUCCAAGCAAUUUGGUAUCUCAGCUUCAAGACUAGCUCGAUGACCAUCUUCCAGAUUGCUCACCUUAUUCUCGAGGCUCUGGCUAUCUUGACCAUCGGAAACAUGCCUCUUCGCAAUCCAUUCUGGGGCUCUCUGGAUAUCGGAAACACCAAAGUCGCUCCGUCGAACAAAGUCCGCAGCCCAGAAGACAACCUCACGCUCUUCCAGUUCUGGACCAUGACUUGGGUCAACCCUCUUUCCAAAAUCGCCAGCCACAGCGAGAUUGGCGUUGAGCACGUGUGGCAGUUGCCAUACGAGUUUCAGCACUGGAGGCUUUACAUGGCUUUCCGCACACUCAAGGGCAAACUUUUACCGUGUCUCAUCGAGGCCAACGGGCUGGAUCUUUUUAUAUCGACUUUUGCAGCCAUUGUUGAACGUGUCGCUGAAGUCUCCAACCUUCGGCUCACGAGUAAACUGUAUCAGGCUCUCGAUAAGAGUGAUCCUCAAGAAGCUGGUCUGUGGUGUAUGGUUAUUCUCUCCAUCGACGCUAUUCGUCAGAUCGCAAGGACGUCUUCGGGAUGGUACUCGCGCAAAGCAUACGAAAGGAGUCGUGGAGAGACCUUUAUCGGCCUCUUCGGGAAGCUUCUCACGAGAGCAGUACCAGGAUCUGAAAUGACGGAGAAGGAUCCCUCUGGUGAAGAAACAGAUCCUUCAAACAAAUCUGGAAAAUUGUCUAAAUUCUUUCAACAAUGUCGUGGACGUAAAAAGCCAAAGUCAGUAUCGCAGCCAUCUCAAGACCAUCAAGCUUCCAACGCAAAAGUCGUCAACCUCAUCCGCGGGGAUACCUAUGAGAUAUCCCAACGAUUCUGGGAAUUCGCACGCGUGGUCGCAACGCCCAUUAAAGUCAUUGUCACCAUAUACUAUCUUAUUGACAUCAUGGGCUGGCCUUCCUGCGUGGGCUUUGGUUUCAUGGUCAUCUUCAUUACAUGCAAUUCCCUUCUUGUCCGACAGGUCAUUAAGCUGGAGCGUCAAAGAACAGCUCAUUCUGAUCGACGAGCCCAGGCUGUUGCGCACUUUGUUGAAGCUAGUCGCCCGCUCAAGCUCAACGGCUGGACAUCGUCGUGGCGCGAUAGGAUCUUGCGGUUUCGGGACGUCGAGAUGAGGAAGAGACUUCAUAUCUCGAUUGUCAACGCUGCUAUCUCGACCAUCAAUGUCUUUGGCGGUGCCGUCUAUCCUUUUGCGAGUAUUUGUCUGUAUACUCUUAUUCUCGGCCGUGGACUCCCAAACGAUGUCAUCUGGCCUUCACUCCAGCUAUUUGCACAACUUGAGGCGAGCACUAGAGAGGCUUUCGAUCUCAUCUCUGCAGUCUGGAAGUGUACUAUUCCUGUCGAGCGUGUCAACAAAUACAUGUCUGAACCAGACAGGGAUCAAGACGCAUUCAGUGGCCCGCAAGAUCGCGAUAUCGAAUUCGUUAAUGCUUCGUUCUCGCUCCCUGCUACCGACCAUCUUGUUCUGCAGGACCUAACUCUCAAGUUCUCAACAGGAUUAAAUGUCAUCCGAGGAAAAGUCGGCUCUGGAAAGUCAAGUCUUUUACUGGCAAUUCUCAACGAGCUAGAACAUCGCAGUGGUGUCUUUUCACGAGCUGAUGAGCCAAUUGCGUACGCGCAGCAACUCCCUUGGUUGCAAAACAAAUCCAUCAGAGACAACAUCCUCUUCCACGAACCCUUUGAACAAGAGCGUUAUCGAAGUGUUCUCAACGCAUGUGCCCUACUCCCUGACCUCAUGACGUUUCCUCUGGCCGAUAAGACGAAACUAGAAGAAGCGGGUAUUGGUCUUUCGGGAGGUCAAAAGGCGCGUGUUGCUCUUGCGCGAGCCGUCUAUAGCAAGUGCCGGAUUCUCCUUUUGGAUGAUCCCCUUGCAGCUUUAGAUCACGACACAGCGAGCUACAUUGUACAGCACUUCCUUCGCGGACCUCUUGCGCAGGGUCGAAACAUUGUACUCGUCACUCAUCGGGAUGAUCUUGUUCUUAAACACGCUGAUCAAGUCGUUGAUAUCAAAGACGGUUAUGCGCAUGUCUUGACGCGAGAACAGCUAAAUCAAGAACUCGAGCAUCCCCACCAUGUCAAUUCUGUUUCUACCGAUGUCCAGCAACACGAAACGACACAGGAACACGACGCUGAAGAUGUCCCUGGAGCCAAAGACGUUCCUGAGCAGAUCACAGAGACGGGAGCCAUUCCUUUCUCUAUUUAUAAAAAGUACAUGGGUGCAGGGGGAUGGAUUCUAUGGUUUCUCUUGGCCUGUUUCUAUGGCCUUUCUCGGUACUGCGAUAUUGCCCGUGCGAGACUGCUUGAAGCUUGGGGUCAUGAAUCUGCAGGUCUUGAAGGGAUUAUUGCUAGUAACUACUGGGGUCUUCCUAACCCUAGCCAACACCCUCGGCCGUGGUUGUAUGUUCUGGCUGGACUUUCUAUCGCUCAGGUGGUAGCGUAUGCUGCCGCUCAGGUCCUUCUCGCGUCUAUCAGCAUCCGCGCUGCUAAAACUCUCUUCAAAAUUGCUAUCGACAGAGUCAGCAAGGCAUCUUUUCGAUAUCAUGAUACCACGCCAACAGGCCAGCUGAAGAACCGCCUCAUCUCCGACAUGGGUAUGGUUGAUGGUGGUAUUCUCGCACCACUCGAGGCAUUCGUAUAUAACAUGAUUGCUCUCGCCCUAAGUCUCUUCGCCAUCAUGACCCACCAAGUUUUUCUCGUUCUCAUCAUCUUUGUCGUCGGGAUUCUCUUCUCGUACUUUUAUAGUAUAUAUGUACCCGCCUCGCGCUGUCUCCGCCGAAUGGAAAUGCGCUACCUCACCCCCAUCAUCGCCAACAUUGGAGUCAUGCAGGAUGGACUCGUCACUAUUCGUGCUCUCAAAGUUGAAGAACGUUUCCAGGAUAAGCACUUGGAAGCAGUCGACGACUUUCAGAAACACGACCAUUUCUUCUGGAGCAUGACGUUCUGGCUGGACUUUCGACUGGCCAGCGCGGUUGGUUUCGUUCUGACACAAACCAACAUCGCCAUGGUAGCUGUUCAACAACUCUGCGAAAAGUUCGCAGCUCUGCAACUAGACGCUGUGUCGCUUGAACGAGUAGAUGCACUGAAGCGUGUCCCUGAGGAACCAAGUGGUGAUAUUGAACCACCCCAGGACUGGCCAAGACCGUGUGAUAGCGUGCGCUUCAACUCCAUGUCAUUCAAGUACGCCGACGAUCUUCCAGCUGUGCUAGACAACGUCACAUUCGAAAUUCCCGGCGGUUCAACGUGCGCUGUCCUCGGUCGAACAGGAUCCGGCAAAUCAACCAUCGCCAACGCCCUCCUCGCGACACAGGCACCAGCCUCAGGCUCCGUAACAAUAGGAAGCAUCGACCUCGCGAACAUAGACCGCACAGCGCUGCGUCACCGCGUCACAUUUAUCCAGCAAGACCCGAUUCUGUUCCCCGGCACGCUCCGCGACAACAUCGACCCGGAAACCAAGUUUUCCGAGCAGGAAUGCAACAACGCUAUCCAGCGGGUCCUUGGGGAUGACUGGGCUCUCGACUCUCGCAUCGACGCGGGGGGCAAGAACCUGAGUCAGGGGCAACGACAGCUCGUGGGUAUCUGCAGAGCUGUGCUGCGACGAAGCGGGCUUGUGAUUCUUGACGAGGCGACGGCGUCGAUUGAUCGGGGUACCGCGGCGACGGUGCAGAGGAUCUUGAGGCAGGAGCUCAAGGAGAGUACUGUGAUUACGAUUGCGCACCGGCUCGAGGCAGUCCAGGAUGCGACGUGGUGUUUGAGGCUUGAUAGAGGCCGAGUUGUGGAGUGCACCACUGAAGAAGUCAUCGGGUGUCUUGAUCUCCAGGUGAGCAUUCACAGGGUCGCCGUAUUCGGGGCUGUUCUUGUCCUUGGAAGAGUCUGCGCCUCAAACUCGCAGCUGCUCAUGGGCGUUGGCAGUCAAUGUUCAAAGUUUUAUGGCUCAGUAUCUGUACUGCAUGAGGCACAAGAAAUGAAGAUGCUGAUCAUGGAGAAUGCAGAAAGUCCUGUAUAG